AUGUCUGCUCCCACUUUAUUAAACAUCCAUAUCACACUUGACGAAAAAGAGCAAAUCACACUCACCUUUUCACCCGAGAAGUAUAACUGGGAAAAUCUUGUGGAUGCCAUCAUAUCCAACAGUUCAACAUGUAUCGACUUACCCAUCCUUCUAUACUAUCGGAACGGACCCACCAUAGGGUCAGUAGAGAAUGAAGAGCAACUCUCAAAAUUGUCCAAGGUAAAAGAAUUUUACACUCAAAGUGAGCUAGUCAAAGAAACAGCAUUUGUCCGUUUGGGUAAGCUCGUGGCGACACACAAAGGAGAGAUUGCUUCCAAUCCAUAUAUAUCUCGAUGUAUUGGUAUUAUGGCCUCAGCAAUUGCCCUAGACACAAAUAACAAGGCCUUUGAGAAUGAGUUUACAGCUUUGGAAAAGUUGAUUUUGUCAGGACAAGAUGACACACCUGUAAUGACCACUCGACCACACGGCGAAGUAGGAAGAUUCGGUCGCGGUCGCCAUGGCGGUCGUCAUGGCCGUAAUCAUGGAGACUUUGGUGGAAAGUGUUCUGAGCCCUUUCGUCGUGGAGAUAAUUCCGAAGAAGUGGAUGUUUUAAGAGCACAAUUAUCCAAUACACAUAUUGAAAAACGAGAGUUUAAAAGACACCAUGGCGGUCUUUAUCACUAA